AUGCCUACCGAACAAGAAGCCCUGGCCAUCUACGAGUCAUCCAUCCACUUUGAUGGCCUCAACAUUAGCAACUGGUCUCGCGACAUUUUCGAGGCUUGGCAUGCUGGAGGCAUCACUGGGGUUUCCUGCACAUGUGGUCUUUGGGAGGGGCUGCGUGGGAGUCUUGCGAAUGUUGUGCAGUGGAAGGAAUGGUUUGAGGAGCAUUCGGAUCUCAUCGUUCAAGCACACUCAGUCAAGGACAUUCGCGAAGCAAAGAAAUCAGGCCGCACCGCGGUGCUGUUGAGUUGGCAAAACACAUCCGGCAUCGAAGAUCAACUCUCAUACCUGCGGGUGUUCCGUGACUUGGGCGUUCGAAAGAUGCAGCUCACAUACAACACGCAAAACUACAGCGGUGCUGGAUACACAGAGAUCAGGGACUCUGGUCUGACAGGCUUCGGACAGCAAGUGGUAACUGAGAUGGCUAAGCUUGGGAUUGUCUGCGAUCUGAGCCAUGUCGGCCCCCAGACUUCUGAAGAUGUCAUCAACUAUGCACCAGCGGACAAGCCACCGUGUUUCUCUCACGUCCUUCCUAGUGGGUUGAAACAACACCCUCGCAACAAGGAUGACCGCUUGAUCAAGCUUCUUGGGUCGAAAGGUGGAUUCAUUGGGCUUAGUCAAUUUGGCCCGCACAUGGCGAAAGGCAACGACAGCACGGUAGACGACUACGUCGACGCUCUUGACUAUGUCAUCGGUCUUGUUGGGGAGGAUCUGGUCGGUGUAGGAUCUGAUGCCAGCGAAGGACACGCACGGCCGAGUGAUUUUCUAGUCUGGUGCAACAGCGACAAAGGCUACGCCAGACAGCUCACGCCAUGGGGUAGUCAGAAGGUAGUGAAGCCGCUGGGUAAGCUUGCGGAUAGGAGGCAAUUGGCUCUUGCGAUGGCGAGGAAGGGGUGGGGAGAGGAGAAGAUGAGGAAGGUUCUGGGGGAGAACUGGCUUCGAUACCUGGAAAAGAUAAUUGGAGAAUAG